GCCAAAUGGAAGGAGUUGAAUUCAAAAUGCCAUCUCCCCGACAAAUGAAGCUCGAUAAACUUCGCCAAACAAAGAAAAUGUCUCCUGAAGAGUAUGAGUUUGAAAAAAUGAAGAUUUAUGGGGAUGAUUAUGUCCCCAGCAAGAAUAGCCCCUUUAUAAAAUACCAAAAAGAAUGGCAGGACUCUAAAUCAGAGAAGCUUGAGAUUAAAUUGCCAAAGAAGAGUCUUCCCGAUGAACCUAUCCCUCAGGAUGGGGAAGAUGAGUUUGAUUGUUUCCAACAAUGUCCUGAUGAAGAGCUCCAGGUAUGUCCAGAAGAAUUCCAAAAAGGUCCUGAAAAUUAUUAAAUAUCUUAAC